CUGCGCCUCUUGCGCCGGAAGUCGCCUCUUCGGGAUCUGCAGCGUCUUCUCGCGGCUCCCAGCCCGCUCUGGCCUCAGGACCGCCCCGAUUCUGGGCCGAGGCGGGUGGGGGAGGGGUGGGAGAGGCCACGGCACCUUCCAGAAAGCGAGCAAGCUCUGCCUUCUGAGGACUCCAUCCCUUCCCAAUAAGGUGAGAGCAUUGAAGGGGACAGAAUGGUCCGUGUACUCCUGACAGCCAGGGUUCCUCAGGCAUUGGUGACCUUCAAGGACGUGGCUGUGGACUUCACCCCGGAGGAGUGGCGGCACCUGGACCCUUCUCAGAAGAGGCUGUACUGGGACGUGAUGCUGGAGAACUACAGGAACCUGGUCUACCUGGGACUAGAAGGUUCCAGACCAGAGGCAGUCUACCUGUUGGAGGGUGGGGAAGCACGCUGGACACCAGAGGGAGACGUCCUCAGGAGCACCUGUCCAGAUUGGAAGACAAAGCCUGAAAAUAAGGAAUUGAUUCCAAAUUUGAGCAUAUCUAUGGAAAAAUCAUCCCAGGAAAUAUUGACUGAGGAUGGUCCUCAUGUCUUUAAGUUGGGAGAAUGUGGCUCAAAGUUAGUGAGGGAGCAGAUUAAUGGGAAAGAACAUUCUAGAAAAGUAAAAACCACCCAAAGGAAAGUUCCCAAUGAAGGAAAAGAACAUGAAUUUAAUCAAUUUCUACAAAGCUUCAGUGCAGAACUAGUCCUUUUUCCCCAAGAGGGAGCAUCUCUAGGAAAGAGUCUCUAUAAAUAUUAUACCCAAAGGAAGAACCUUAAACUUUACUCAGACCUAAGUCAGUGUAAUAGAAUUGGCUCUAAGAAGACAUUUUCUAAGUAUAAUAAAUGUGGAAAAUACUCCAGUUAUAACUCAGACCUUGCCAAAAAUCUUGGUCUUCAGACUGGUGAAAAAUAUUAUCAAUGUGUUGAAUGUGAGAAGACAUUCCUCAAGAGCAAAGAAUUUAUUCAACAUCUGAGAAUUCAUACUGGAGAGAAACCUUAUAUAUGUAAUGAAUGUGGAAAGUCCUUCAGACAGAAACCACACCUUGCUCGGCAUCUGAGAAUUCAUACUGGAGAGAAGCCUUAUGAAUGUAAUGAGUGUGGUAAGGCCUUCUGCCAGAGCAUAUCUCUUACUCAACAUCAGAGAGUUCAUACCGGAGAGAAACCUUACCUAUGUAAUGAUUGUGGGAAGACCUUCCGACGGAGCACACAUCUCACUCAACACCAGAGAAUUCAUACUGGAGAGAAACCUUAUGAAUGUAGUAAAUGUGGAAAAACCUUUCGCUGGAAGACAGGACUUAUUUUCCAUCAGAAAAGUCAUGCAUCAGAGAACCUUUUUGAAUGUAAUGAAUGUGAGAAAGCUUUCUUCCAGAAUACUGAACUCACCCAAUAUCAGAAGAUUCAGAUGGCAGAAAAACCUUAUGAAUGUAAUGAGUGUGGGAAGGCCUUUCGCCAGAGUUCAGGUCUUUCUCGACACCAGAGAAUUCACACUGGAGAGAAACCUCAUGAGUGUAAUGAAUGUGGAAAAGCCUUCCGCUGGAGCACGCAACUUGCUCAACACCAGAGAAUUCACACUGGAGAGAAGCCUUAUGAAUGUAAAGAAUGUGGGAAGGCCUUCUGCCAGAGUGCAGAACUAAAUCAGCAUCAGAAAUUUCAUACUGCUGAGAAACCUUUUGAGUGUAAUGAAUGUGGGAAGGUCUUCCGACGGAGGACAGGUCUUACUGAACAUCAGAAAAUUCAUACUGGAGAGAAAUCUUACAAAUGUAACGUAUGUGGAAAGGCCUUCCGCCAGAGGAUACAUCUUGUUCAGCAUCAGAGAAUUCAUGCUGGGAAGAAACCUUAUGAAUGUAAUAAAUGUGGGGUGGCCUUCCACCCAACUAUGCCUUAGCUCACUGCAGAAGAGCAGCAGAACACUGAGGAGAAAUCUUAUGAAUGUAAUGAAUGUGUAAAGUCCUUCUACCACAGCACCCAACUUCCUGAGCCUCAGAAAAUUCAUACUGGAGAAAAACCUUAUGUGUGUAAGGAAUGUGGGAAAGCCUUCCGCUGUCGCCCAGCUCUUACUCAGCAUUGGAAGAUUCAUACCGGAGAGAAACCUUAUAAAUGUAUGGAAUGUGGGAAGGCUUUCCAUCAGAGGGCAGGACUUAAUCAGCAUAAGAAAACUCAUACCAGAGAGAAACCUUACCUGUGUAAGGAAUGUGGGAAAGCCUUUCACCAGAGCACAGCACUCACUCUGCAUCAGAGAGUUCAUACUGGAGAGAAACCUUAUGAAUGUAUGGAAUGUGGGAAGGCCUUCCAUCAAAGGACAGGACUUAAUCAACAUCAGAAAAUUCAUACUGGAGAGAAAACUUAUGUGUGUAGUGAAUGUGGAAAGGCUUUCCACCAGAGCCCAACUCUUACUCGACAUCGGAGGAUUCAUACUGGAGAGAAACCUCAUGUGUGUAAGGUGUGUGGGAAGGCCUUCCACCAGAGCACAGCACUUACUCAACACCAGAGGAUUCACACUGGAGAGAGACCUUAUGAAUGUACCAAAUGUGGGAAAUCCUUCAACUGCAACUCAUACCUUAUUUCCCAUUACAGAAUUCACAUUGAUGACAGACCAUAUGAAUGUAAGGAAUGUGGGAAGGCCUUCCGCCGGAGCACACAGCUUACUCGACAUCGGAGAAUUCAUACUGGUGAGAAGCCCUAUGAAUGUAACGAAUGUGGAAAAGCCUUCUAUCGACGGUCAGGACUUACUGGACAUCAGAAAAUUCAUACUCGAGAAAAACCUUUUGGAAUCAAAUGAAUGUAGGAAAGCCCCCAGAACUCAGCACUUACUUGCAUCAGAUACUGGAGAGAAACAUUAUAAACAUAAUGAAUGUGGGAAUGCCUUCUGCCAGAUGAUAGGACUUAUUUGACAUCUGAGAAUUCUCAUUGGACCUAAAGAAUGUGAUGUUUGAGGGAAGGCCUUCCUCAAGAGUAAAGAACUUACUCAGCACCAAAGGAAUCACACUGGAAAGAAACUUUAUGAAUGCCAAGUCUUCUGAAGUAAUGCAUGUGUGAACUUUCACUUUGAUGAAAGAUUUAGAAUCAAACUAAAAAAGGACAUAAUAGAAAAAGAAAACUCCAAGUUUCCCACAAUGGGUUUUUCUUAUUUUCUUUUAAAGGAAGACUAUGAAACUAUUUAUUGACCACUGUUCAUCAGUAUUUGCAAUAAACUAAAUAAUAUGCAGUUGUAUAACAUUA